CUCGGCGGCCGCCGGACGGGGCGGACGUCGGGGCGGCGACUGGCGGAGCGGCGGGGGGUGGGGAGGAGGCGCUAUGGCCGACGUGUUCCCGGGCUCCGAGCCCGCCGCCGACCCGGAGGCGGCGCGGCGCUUCGCUCGCAAGGGCGCCCUGAGGCAGAAGAACGUGCACGAGGUGAAGGAGCACAAAUUCAUCGCGCGCUUCUUCAAGCAGCCCACCUUCUGCAGCCACUGCACCGACUUCAUCUGGGGAUUUGGGAAGCAAGGAUUCCAGUGCCAAGUUUGCUGUUUUGUGGUUCACAAGAGGUGCCAUGAGUUCGUUACCUUCUCCUGUCCUGGGGCUGACAAGGGACCUGACACUGAUGACCCCAGAAGCAAGCACAAGUUCAAGAUCCACACCUAUGGGAGCCCCACCUUCUGUGACCAUUGUGGGUCGCUGCUCUACGGGCUCCUGCACCAGGGCAUGAAAUGUGACACCUGUGACAUGAAUGUUCACAAGCAAUGUGUGAUAAACGUCCCGAGCCUCUGUGGCAUGGACCACACAGAGAAGAGAGGAAGGAUCUAUCUGAAGGCUGAAGUCACUGGUGACAAAUUGGAAGUUACAGUGAGAGAAGCAAAAAACCUCAUUCCCAUGGAUCCAAAUGGACUUUCAGACCCUUAUGUCAAACUGAAGCUCAUCCCAGAUCCUAAGAAUGAAAGCAAACAAAAAACAAAAACCAUCCGUUCUACCCUGAACCCGGACUGGAAUGAGUCAUUCACAUUUAAAUUAAAACCUGCAGACAAAGAUCGCCGGCUGUCCGUGGAGGUCUGGGACUGGGACCGAACAACCAGGAAUGACUUCAUGGGAUCUCUCUCUUUUGGGGUGUCAGAGCUGAUGAAAAUGCCAGCCAGUGGAUGGUACAAGCUGCUGAAUCAAGAAGAGGGUGAAUAUUACAACGUUCCCAUUCCUGAUGCUGGUGAAGAUGGAAAUGCAGAGCUCCGACAGAAGUUUGAGAAAGCCAAACUUGGGCCAGCUGGUAACAGAGUCAUUACUUCAACAGAAGACAAGAGCUCAAGUGUGCCAUCCAACAAUCUGGACAGGGUGAAGCUGACAGAUUUCAACUUUCUCAUGGUUCUUGGAAAGGGGAGCUUUGGGAAGGUGAUGCUGGCAGACAGGAAGGGCACAGAGGAGCUCUAUGCAAUCAAAAUCCUGAAGAAGGACGUGGUGAUCCAGGAUGAUGAUGUGGAGUGCACCAUGGUGGAGAAACGAGUCCUGGCACUGCAGGACAAGCCCCCAUUCCUGACACAGCUGCACUCUUGUUUCCAGACAGUUGACCGACUGUAUUUUGUGAUGGAGUAUGUGAAUGGUGGGGAUCUCAUGUAUCACAUCCAGCAAGUGGGAAAAUUUAAGGAGCCACAAGCAGUGUUCUAUGCAGCUGAGAUCUCAAUUGGGUUAUUCUUUCUCCACAACAGAGGGAUUAUUUAUAGAGAUCUGAAAUUAGAUAAUGUGAUGUUGGACUCAGAAGGACACAUUAAAAUUGCUGAUUUUGGGAUGUGCAAGGAGCACAUGUUAGAUGGAGUAACAACCAGGACCUUCUGUGGCACUCCAGACUACAUUGCACCAGAGAUUAUUGCUUACCAGCCCUAUGGGAAGUCUGUGGAUUGGUGGGCAUAUGGUGUGCUGCUCUAUGAGAUGUUGGCUGGCCAGCCUCCAUUUGAUGGGGAAGAUGAAGACGAGCUAUUCCAGUCCAUAAUGGAGCAUAAUGUUUCCUACCCAAAAUCACUGUCCAAAGAAGCUGUCUCCAUCUGCAAGGGGCUAAUGACUAAACAUCCUGCAAAACGCCUUGGCUGUGGCCUGGAGGGUGAAAGAGACAUCAGGGAACACGCUUUCUUCAGGAGAAUUGACUGGGAAAAACUGGAGAACAGAGAGAUUCAGCCACCUUUCAAACCUAAAGUGUGCGGCAAAGGGGCUGAAAACUUCGAUAAGUUCUUCACACGAGGACAGCCGGUGUUGACGCCUCCAGAUCAGCUGGUCAUUGCCAACAUAGACCAAACAGAUUUCGAAGGGUUCUCUUAUGUCAACCCCCAGUUCGUGCACCCCCUGUUAGAAAAUGUAGCAUGAGGCAGCAGAACAAAUCCCAGCAACUGGGGAACAGUUGUAACCCUACAAUUUUUAGGCUUUCGCCUUGUUGAUUCCACUUGGGCCUGGAAAUUGUAGGGUUAGAGGGUAUGAGGAGAGGGAAGGGCCACUUAGUCAGGAUUUGGGCUUUGCAGCAGUGAUGUUGUCUUAACAGGAGAUAAAUUAGUGUACAGUGCCCACUUUUUCUUCUAGAAGUCGCCACUGACUUGUCCAAACUUCCCCAUGUUUUGGUACGUUCUACAUUUUGUAACUUCCCACUGUCCUUUUGCUCCCUUUUCCGCUCUGUUGUGUUGGGAAAACAUCUGGCACGUGGUCUGGAGGAGAAGCCACCUGGAGUAUUUAUUCCUUGGGAGGUGGGAGCGUCCUCCCCGCGCUCCCCAGAGACUUUGGGGCAGCACCAGAGACUCAGCUCCAGGGGGAGAGGCGUUGCAGAAACAUUGCUGAAAGUGUUUGCAAAAUAUGGCAGGAAAAACAAAAAAUAGUUGGGAAUGGGUGGGAGGGAGGGUGGAGUCAAAUUGGAGCCUGAGGCUUGGCAAACUGAUCCUGUAAAAUCCCAAAUAAAAGCGCUCGGGUGGUGGCCACAUCUGUAGGAUUUGUGCUAAGAGUAGCAUGUGAUAAACUCAAGGGUGAAAUUUUUGUCUUUAAUAAUAAUAAUAAUAAUAAUAAUAGUAAUAAUUUUAAUAAUACUUUUGUGAAUUUUUAAUCUCCAUGAGAUUAUUCUGUGAUCCAGGGUGCCAUUGUCUGUUCAGUUGGUUUAAUUUACACCACUCCUCAAGUUUACUGUUAACUGGUUCUAAUACCAAUAUUUUACUAUGAAAUUUAUUAACCUGGAAUGUAAAACAAAAACUGUAAUUCCUUAAGUCUUAUUUACAUGUGUUUAUUUAUAGUUUGCAGUAUAGGGCAGUAAAUUGAAGAAAGCAUUAUGUAUACUAAGUUAACAAAAAAAUGCAGCCCCGAGUGACUUCCUGAUUUCUCCAGAAUAACUCAUGAAAAUCAAGUGUAGUCUUAAAUAAUCAGUUGUAAUUCAGCAAACUUUGGGCUGUAGAAUAAUCAAGCCUGAAAGAAGCAGCACCUAAAACUUGUUUUAUUGAUAGAAUGGAAUUUAAUACGUUUUACAUAUGCUUCAUGCAAUGAAUUUUGCAUGUUUAGUAAUAACUCUUAAUAAUAAGGGUUAAUAAUAAGCAGAUCUAUAUUAUUGACAUAAUCGUAUCAAGCAUAAAGAGUAUUAUAAAAAUUUUAUAAAACAACUUGUGCUUUAUUUGUGAAAGUUCUUGUUCUGAAUGACACCAUUUAGAUUUAGCUAAAUGUUUUCUUGCUAUUGUUUUGAUUUUUACUUUAGGUUUUGAAUAUUGUUACUGGCUUAGGGUAUAAUCUCUUUUUUUAAAAGUAGAUAUACUUUUAAAUAAUAAUUGCUACCUGCAGGUUUUAUACGAGGUUCAAUUAGGCUUUCAUUUCACAUCUGCUUAUUACUUGCAGAGAAGGAAAUAGACUUUAUUUGCAAUGAUGAACACUGUAAUUAAUGCAAUCUUCUCCUCUCCUAUCACUUAGAUUAAAAAUUUUGAUAUUUCCUCUUACAAGAUACCAGAAGAUAUUAGCUCAAAUAUCAGUAAAUAAUGUUUUGUGCAUAUUUGGGUUUUGUUACAGCAUGUAAAAUAGUAGUUGGUGCAUUUCCCUUUUUUUUUCCUCCUGCCUUGAUCCCAUUAGCAGCCACAGGCACUUUUUGUCUGUCAGAUGUGCAUGAUGAUGCCAGAAGCAUGAUGUCUCUGUUGCUGCAUGCAGACUGAUUACAGUUUUUCCAGCAUGUAAAACAUAUUCAAAAAGUAAGAUAUUUGCCAUGAAAUACUUCAAUUUCUACUAGAAUAUGUAACGGGGUGGGGUGGGAGGGGAAGCAACUUUCUAAUCAUCUUUUCUGACAAUAAAACAUGGAACCUGUGCCAAAGAUUCUGUCAGAGAGAUCCAAUCCUGCCAGGUGGGAGCAGAGGGGUGGCUGGAGCUCGGGGUGAGCUGGGCAGUGCUUGAGGGAACGUGGCUGGAUGUGGAGGGUGGGUGUGUUGGGCUCCUGCACCUGCAGGGCCCUUGGGAACGUGGGUUUGGGCCAGGCUGUGCAUUCCCACACUCCAGGAGUCCAAGUGCUGCCCUGUCCCAGCCCUUCUGUGCCCCCAGCACGAGGAGAUCUCGGGGUGAUGGAGCCCUGGCAUUCCAAGGUGUGGCUUUGGCCAAUGACAGGAGCUCAGAUCCUCAGCUAAACAAACAGGACUUCAAACAUUUUAGGAGGAAAAUUUUUAAACUCUUCUGUGUCAAAUAUGUUGUCAGCCAAGACUGGGAGUUCAUUUUCUCCUUUGUGUAUUAUGUACUUCAAAAACAACAGUAUUCACCAUAAAGCAUGUGGCCUAAUGCAGCAUUCAUUACAUUUUUUUUCUCUGAAUAUUAUUAGCAUGUUUAGUAAAAUCUGGGUAGGAAUUGUAGAAGGUAAUAGAUUGAAUUAAGAUAACAGAUUACUGAGUCUCAGAUUUUAAUAAAGAAGGGACUCUCAGCUAUGCCAGUCUGCCAAGAGGUGCCAUUGUGCUUGUCUUUAAAAUGUGAAGUGAAAAAGACACUUUUGAAAAAGGAAAAUACUGGGAGAAAUACCAGCAUACAGAUUUGGGGAGUAAACAAAGCAGAACAGGGGCAAAAUUGAACCAAGCCAGAAUCCAGGCAGGAGUUCCCCUGGGUAGAUGUUCCCACAGUUCUGUUUUCCUGAUGAAAUCUGAAUUUUCCAGGAAGUCCCAUUGCUGGCCCAGCUGUGACAGUCAGUGCUGCUCACACCAGGACACAGGGCUGGUCUGACCCUGGGACAGACCUGCUCCUUUUCUGGCUGCUUCUCACACCCAGUUUCUUCUGCCCUUGUGUUUGCCUCCCAGUUUUUCUGUAGAAACAGAAAUUCCUCUUUAAUGUCAUUACCUCAGGUCCCUGGGCUUGUGGCAUACAUGCUGUCUUCUGGAGGUUUCUGUAACACUCAGGAAAAGGUACUGUGAGCUCUUGGGUCCUGCAGGAGCAAGGCAGGGUUGGAUGAAGCAGGGAUUCGUUGUGUUACCCCUCCCUGCUCCUCCUGAUGCCCUCUGACCUUUCCCAAAAACUCCCACUGGCUGCUCAGAAUCCAGAAAAUUGCAAUGGCAAGGAAAACCUGAAGAAUCCAGUCAGAAUUUUCAUAUCUCUUUAGAGACAGAUGUUAUUUAUAUAAUAUUUUUCACAGGAUUUGGUUUUCUAGAGAACAUGUAUCAACAGAAGGAGAGGCAUUAGAGCUGCUUCUCUUUCACUUGUGUUUGAUAGCAACUCCCAACACCCACGUUGCCACCAAGAUUCCCAAAAGGCAAAUUACAGAUUGUACUGCACUGAAGCUGGGCUGGAAGUUCUGGGAGCUGUGAUUGAAAAUUGUACUGCACUGAAGCUGGGCUGGAAGUUCUGGGAGCUGUUUCCAUCCCUGUGCUCGAGUCCCAGGGCAGCCCCAUUCCUGCCAGGAAAGGCAAGGGCUGCCAUGUAAAACUUCCCCGGGGUUUUCAGGGGUCAAAUGGGAUUUAACUGGCUCCUAGGCAAAUUUUGUCAUUAUUCAGUCAUCUGGGUGCUUUUGUGCACCUUUGAGUGGCCAGAGCAGGGUGGUGGGACUCCAGGACAGCAAAUCCACCCUCCAGCCAGGCUCAGUGCUCUGAGCAAGGUUGGCACAUAUGUGAGGAGGAGAGAGCACAUUCCCAUGAUAAAACACUCCUUCUUAAUCCAGUUUGGAGGAGAAAUGCAAUUUAGCUUUCUGAUUCUUCGUUCUUUCCAGAAAUACAAUUAAAUUUCCUUUUACAAACUGAAGAAAGUUUUUCUGGAAAUCAGCUGUUAGUGUCAAGAAAACUCAUCACUUCUGAAUGCUGCUGGCCUUUGAAAUCCAUCCUGGCUUUUGGGGUGAAUCCAAUUCAAUAAUGCUGGACUUCUUUAAAACUAGUAAGGUCAAGCAAGAGAGGAACUUGUCUUCUAGCUGGAAAGAUGACAUGUCCAAGGAUGGAGUGGUACCAGUUGAGAAGUGUUUCCUGAGCCAGGGCCUCUGGAUGCAAUCCCAGUUCAAUGCCAUAGGAGACACAUGCAGUGAGCAGGGAGGGCAGAUCCUCCUUACUGUGCAAAGCAUAGCAUUGGAAAUAAUCAAUAAUAAUAAUAACAAUCCAAUAAUAAAGCUUUGAUACGAGUAGAAAGCAUAUUGAGAGUAUAUUGAGUUUACAGUAGGCUUUUGGACCUGCCAGGAAACUUCUGGAAAUAUUUAAUGUGAUUUUCAGUUCUUUUACUCAUUUGCAUAAGUUAUUGUACAUAGGGGUUUUGUCUCUUUGCAAACAUGAGUGUGGGCUGUGUUUGAUGAUUCCCUCUCAGGUGGGCACUGAGCUGCCAAGUAGUCAAAAAGUAAACAAGCUAAAAGCACUCUUUCCCUUCAGCCCUGCACUUGUAGAUGGGAUCUGAAAUAGCUGAGUUGCAGAAAUAAGAUUUGACUCCAUAAACAUUCACUGUUCCCUCACUGUGCCAGUAACAAUUAAAUAGCUGGGAAUUAAACAGCCUUACCAUGGAUAAUCACCAUGCACUACAGCCCUCCUGUUCCCAGGAAAACCUUGAGAGGAGAGAGCCCUUGUUAAACCUCUCUGCCUCACCUGGAGGAUGGGGGUAAUAAUAUUUCCUGACCCCACAGGGAGGGGUGAGGACUUCUUGGGCAAUGUUUCUAAUUCACUCUUAACCUGAAAAGAGUUGUGUAAGUAUUACUAUAAUUUUUAAUAUUAAAUCAGCUUCUUGGAUUCACAUGGUACUGCUGACUAUACCGUGCCCUUUCUACUUUUUUAUAGAACUUUAGUAACUCUGCUGAAAGCGUUUGAAGAGAAAUAAAAUCAGAUCUGAUACAUUUCUUACAGAAUCUGGAGUCCAGCUUUUGUACCUGGAGUCAGGGUGUGGUGGGGAGUGGUGUUUGCUGAUUGUGUUGCUCAGCUGCACUUCCCUCUUUUCCAGCUACUGAGAUUUUCAUGUGCAAUUUUAAAAUUCCAUGUUUUUGGAAGUCUUAGCAGAAGAUUCUUGGACAGGGAGAUUCCCUUUGGGUGAAUAAAGUCAGCACAGCUGUUUUCUAGUACCAUUUUUACUGAUUCCUGCUGAAGGGGGAGCUCUGUUCUUUGUGCAGCUGGUCCACCCAUGACAGGCUGAUCUUUUCUGUUGAUAUUUUAAAUAUUUCUGUGUUGUAAAUGUGUCUUUGUGCUUUUUUUUUUCCUUGUCUGUGACACUGUAGCUCAAAUUUAAAAGAAAACUGCUCCAGAAGCUGUUUUUUUUUCUUCCACUGAUGUCAGUUGACCUAAAUAAGUAAAUUAAGUUAAUGAUUUGAAACAGUGCAGGUUGAGCAGCAGCAACAUUGACACUCAGCUGCCAUUGAAGCUCAUUUCUCACUCUGGCUACAUUGGACAUUGCAGCUGAUGUUUCAUUAGUUUUAUAAUUAUUAAUGACAGGAACGUUGUAAUAGAAAGCAAAAUGAUCAUGAUUUUUACAAACAUUUUCCUGAGGACUAUUUGAUUUUUUUUCCCUCUCUUUGAACCCCUUGAGGUGACACUGCCAAGGGCUCCCUCCUUCCAGAGCUUCUCACACUCCUGGCUUGGCUUCCAAGGGAACCACAGAGCUCCCUGGGUGCUGAGUGCACGGCCAAGAGCCCCAAUUCACUGAAAAUAUUAAUUAUAUUAUGUGUUUGUACCCACUGUUGGCCUUGGAGUCUGAAAACAAUGUUCUUGCAGGGGUAAUAAAAAUUUAAUCUAUGACUUGUUCCCCAAAUUUUUCAUUUGUUCUUUACCAUGUUAUCAGAAUGAAUGUAAAAAAAAAAACAAUUUCAACAAAAUGAAGCUCGUUGGCUCUUUUAAAAAUGUGCAUUUCCCAACACUCUGUGGUUUUGCACAACAGUACAGAGAACACCUGAAACUUCUCAAAUGACUGUAUGCUACUUUAAUUUUUUUUAUUAAAAAAAUGGAGUUCUUGAACACAUUAAUUUUUUAAAUAUUAUUUUAAGAUCCAAAUGUUGUAUUUAUAUGGAGAAGAACAUUAUUUAUUUUCAUAUUAUUUAUCUGCAAGAUGCUACCAGAAAAUUUGGAGAGGCCAUUCAUUUUUCAAAAGAUAAAAAAAAAAACAACCAUUGGAAGUGUAGUGGGCAAGACUGAUGUACAAAUUGCAGCAUCUUUUUUUUUUGUUCUGUUUCAUAAUUCGCAGUAUCUUCAAUCUUUGUUUGCAUGAAAUGCUUUUGUUAAGUAUUAAUUGUAGUUUCAAAGCAAGUGUGUAUGAAUAAAAAUACUCAUCAUUA